ACGUUCGAGUUGAGUUCGCUGCGGGGCGAGAGUUCCGUUAUGUUUCACGAGCAGAUCCUUCGCUAUAGUAGAGUCAGAUCCGCUGAUGGGCAGACAUACUGUUCCUCAAACCAUGAUCAGAUAAGAAACUCUGAUACUGGCAGACGAGCUCAUUAAAAUGGCGAGGGACUUCACUACAACGAGUCUGAGUAACAUCGACCUCGCCUCUCUCCGGGAUCCGGCAGGGAUCUUCGAGCUCAUCGAGGUGGUCGGCAAUGGGACCUAUGGACAGGUUUACAAGGGUCGACAUGUGAAAACAGGACAGCUGGCAGCCAUCAAGGUCAUGGACGUGACGGAGGACGAGGAGGACGAAAUCAAGCUGGAGAUCAACAUGCUGAAGACUCACUCCCAUCACAGGAACAUAGCCACGUACUACGGUGCGUUUGUGAAGAAGAGUCCUGCGGGUCAGGACGACCAGCUGUGGCUGGUGAUGGAGUACUGCGGCGCCGGCUCGGUCACAGACCUGCUGAAGAAGACCAAAGGGAGCUGUCUGAAGGAGGACUGGAUCUCCUACAUCUGCAGAGAGGUUCUGAGAGGUCUGUUACACCUGCACUCUCAUCACGUGAUCCAUCGAGAUAUUAAAGGACAGAACGUGCUGCUGACGGAGAACGCUGAGAUCAAACUGGUGGAUUUUGGCGUGAGCGCUCAGUUGGACAGAACGAUAGGCAGGAGAAACACCUUCAUCGGGACGCCGUACUGGAUGGCGCCGGAGGUGAUCGCGUGCGAUGAAAACCCUGACUCCACGUAUGACUACAGGAGCGACGUGUGGUCUCUGGGAAUCACCGCUUUAGAGAUGGCCGAGGGAGCACCACCCUUGUGUGACAUGCAUCCCAUGAGAGCUACAUCCAUCACUCCAACAAACCCCCCCCCCAAACUAAAGCCAAAAAAGUCUAAGAAGUUUCAGACGUUUGUAGACAGCUGUCUGGUGAAGAACUACCUCCACCGGCCGUCCACAGAGACGCUCCUGCGCCACUCCUUCAUUAAAGACCUUCCCAACGAGCGACAGGUGCGCAUCACGCUCAAAGACCACCUGGACAGGACCAGGAAGAGGAGGCCGGAGAAAGAGAAGACGGAAUAAAAAAACAUGAGCAGUGAGGAUGAAGAAGAUGCCAUGAAUGAAGAAGAAGGUGAACCCAGCUCUAUAGUCAAUCUUCCCGGAGAGUCCAUGUUGAGACGGGAGUUCCUGCGUCUGCAGCAGGAGACACACACACAAACACACCUGCUCCAGCAGACACACAACCAGGACAACUACAAGAGACAGCUGCUGGCCGACAGACAGAAGAGGAUCCAGCAGCAGCAGGAGGAGCGCCGCCGCCUCGAAGACCAGCAGGAACGGCUCCUACACCAGACCGGACUCCAGUGGCCGGAGCUGCAGGAGAUGAUAUGGCAGGAAGAGACUGACCUUACCGAGAAAACCAGAAGAAACCACAAGAAACAGCCCAGAGACGGUGAACAGCACCGGACUGAUCCUGAAUCAGCAGCGCAGGACCGGAGAGACCAGGCUCGAGACGCACGGCACGACGGGGUAAAACACACCAGCUGCUCGUCUCACACAUCUGACCUUGCUCACCGGACCCAUGCUGCAGUGUGUGAUUAUGAUGGUGUUCAGCUGGCAGGUAAACUGGAGUCGCUGGAGGCUCAUCUGGUCAAUCUGAACAAUAUAGCGGUGAGGAUUCCUCAUGUCCAGUCUCGUCUGGGGUCAGGGAGCAGCUCCAGUCCGUGUACUCCAGCGCUGCAGAGAGCGGCCAAGCCACCGAGCGUGAGCGUGUGUCCCAGUCGAGAGCUUCAUCACAGCAGCUCCAUGACGGACGUCUCGUCUGCGCCUCUGUCUCCAGCGCUCGACGAAGUCUUCUUCAGCCCUGACGAGCAGCCGCCCAAGAUCCCAGAGCGCACAACGUCGAAGUUCAGAGAAGUGGUGAGUCCUCUCAGACACGGGUCCAGCGCCGAGGGUCCGCCUGCUGUCAAGAUGUCCUUCAGCUCCUGCAGCAGCUCACAGUCAGGUAACUGUGUUCUGGACAGUCCAGCUCCGACGUCACCACAGAACCAGGUCAGUCUGAUCAUUUCUCCUACACUUUUACAUGUGAAUGUGACAUAUCAGAUAUUACCGGUAAAAUAUGGGAUCAAAAAUCAUUCAGACACUUUGACCUAUAAGUCUCCGUUCAGUCCGUUAAUGAAGCUUGCAGAAUAUUCUUCCUCCAGUGAUGAAGAUGACGAGAGGACCAGGUCUCCGCUGAGCAACGGCAGGCCGCUGUUAUACAGAGGACAGUCUGAUGAAAUCAUUCUGCAGCCCCAUCACAGCGUUACACAGCAGCAGCAGAGUGCAGCACACAGCGUCCAUCAGAGGCCUGCAGGAUCUCAGUCCAGCGACAGCUGCUUCCUGCCCGACCUGCUGCACAAGAGCCCCUCACACCAGCAGAGCGCGCUCCAGAAAAUAUUCACUAACCAGGCGGGAAAAAGCAUGUCGUCUUCCUCUUCCUCCUUCUCACCUUUCAUUGACCCGCGUUUGCUGCAGAUCUCUCCACCUCAGAGUCCACAGGGAUACGCCCAGAUGAAUGGCAGGUGCGAGCCGUGCGUCAGACAGCCUCACAGGAAGGGCUCGGUGGUGAACGUCAACCCCACCAACAUCCGUCCUCAGAGCGACGCUCCGGAGAUACGCAAAUAUAAGAAGAAGUUCAACACUGAAGUCCUCUGUGCCAGUCUGUGGGGAGUGAAUCUGCUGGUGGGCACUGAGAGCGGCCUGUGGCUGCUGGACCGCAGUGGUCAGGGUAAAGUUUACUCUCUCAUCAGCCGCAGACGCUUCCAGCAGAUGGACGUGCUGGAGGGGCUCAACGUGCUCAUCACUAUAUCAGGUAAGAAAAACAAGCUGAGGCUGUACUACCUGUCCUGGCUGAGGAACAAGAUCUUGCGUAAUGAUCCAGAGGUGGAGAAGAAGCAGGGCUGGAGCUCAGUGGGGGAGCUGGAGGGGUGUGUGAGCUACAAAGUAGUUCGCUAUGAGAAAAUCAAGUUCCUGGUCAUCGCCUUGAGGAGCGCUGUGGAGGUCUACGCCUGGGCUCCCAAACCAUAUCACAAGUUCAUGGCUUUCAAAGCGUUCAACUCACUGCCUCAGAAGCCGCUCUCGGUCGACCUGACGGUGGAGAACGGACAGAGGUUAAAGGUCAUCUACGGCUCUCACUUUGGGUUUCAUGCUAUUGAUGUGGACUCGGGGACACCCUUCGAUCUCUACCUGCCCAGUCAUAUCCAAGGUGUGAUUCGGCCGCAUGCCAUCAUCAUCCUCCCCAGCAGCAGUGGGAUGGAGCUGUUGCUGUGUUACGAGGACGAGGGCGUCUAUAUUGACACUUAUGGCCGCAUCACCAAGGAGACAGUGCUGCAGUGGGGGGAGAUGCCCGCCUCUGUGGCUUACCUUCAGUCGAAUCAAGUGAUGGGAUGGGGAGAGAAAGCCAUCGAGCUGAGAUCCGCCAAGACGAGCAGUCUAGAGGGAGUCUUCAUGCACAAGAAGGCUCAGAAACUCAAGUUCCUGUGUGAGAGAAACGAUAAAGUGUUUUUCGCGGCGGUGCAGUCGGGUGGAAGCAGUCAGAUCUACUUCAUGACGUUAGGACAGAACACUCUCUUCAGCUGGUGAUGGUCUCUGUUCACAGGCGGCUGCUGGUGAAAGUACAGACUCUACAUCACAGACCAACCUUCAAGAUUCAAACUGUCCACUUUCUGUAUUCACAUGUAAACAUUUUAAUAGAAGUGUUAUAUUAUAUACGUAUUGUAUGUAAAAUAGGAGAUAUAUUGCGUUGUGUCUGACAGUGUCAGCAUUUGUCUUGAUCUGUGCUUAAAACAUAAACCUUGUUUUGCAUUUUAAUUUUUACUUUUUAUUACCAUGUCAUGCUGAUAUUUUGUCCCUAAACCUGAUUAUUUUAUUGUAUAAUAAUAACCAUGGCUGGUACACGGUGAAGCCCAUACUAACAGCUAAUAGAGUAACUGUCGAACAUUGUAGCAUCUUUUAAGAGAAAUACUGUAGAAUUAGACAAUUCAGAAUAGAAAUGACUGAUUACUGAUGACUGAAACCAUCUGAUAACUGCAGACAUUCAGCUUAAUAUCACAGGCUUUCCAAGUAAACACAUUUAAUUAUAACAAAUGGCAAUAUAUCUUAAUAAUAUUUUUGUUUGUUUGUUUGUUUAUUAUAGCUCUCACUGUACUAAAACACAAACAUAACUGGACAAAUGAUCAUGAUAAAGUUAUCUAAUAAAAGGAGGGAUGUCCCGAGCGUCCCAGAUGUUUUUAACGGAUUGGUAUGAGAGGAUACUCAAUCUUCAGAGACUCAGAUCGGAUCAGUGGCACAUAAAACAUUAGGAAUGGAAGGUUUGUUUAGUUGCUGGUUAUACACAGGUGUUUGCAUGCAGAUUAAACGAUGGAUCUUUGUCUGCAGUCUGAACAUCACUGUUCAUUUGCUUUGUUUUUCUUCUGUACAUUUGAGAAUUCAUCUUUGAUUGGCAUCGGUCUUUGUGGCCACUAUUUCUCAAUCAGUUGUUGAGCACAUUUCUCAGAUGACAGUGUGUUUUCUGCUCUUUGUUUUGGCGCUGGUUCUUUUAAAUCAGUCUUCAGUAUCGAUCUUUAGGUACAUUGACAGUUUGACAGUCAUUCAUCUGAGCUUAAGUGUAUAUAACACAAAUACAUGAUUGACGUACUUGAAUUCAUCAGUCACCUCUCUCUCUGAUAGUUUACGGUGUGUGUGAGACGCUCAGAGACAUUCACUGACGCUCAGUACACUUCUGUCACUUAACAUAGUAUUAGUUCAGUGUCACAGGACAGUUCUCAAACAUGGUCCUUGUUUUUGGAAUGUGAAAAUAAUAGAGUGAAGCUUGCAUGUGUGUGGAAAUCAGCAUAGCAAGUGCGGAGUGAUUUGUGACGCAGGUGAUCCUGUUGUUUCUCAGUCUUAAAUGAGGAAAUUGAAUGAAGCAAAGAAAAGCAACAGGAAUUGGAAGAUAAUCGUAUGAAAGAGAGUUAAAGAAAGUUGAAAUAUGGGAAGUCAGAG